AUGGGUUUCAAGACCUGGAUCCACGAUACUAACCUGCGGGUUGCGCGCAGCCCCGUGGGAAGAUGGUUUCGGCUUGAGAACUCCGGCCAUCCACUGGAGAGGAAGGGGAGCAUGUUCUUCACCGAGAUCCGCGCCGGUCUGGCUACCUUCUUUGCGAUGGCCUAUAUUAUCUCGGUCAACAGCACCAUCACUUCCGAGUCGGGUGGAACAUGCGUUUGCCCGGCUGACAGCAUGUCGGAUUUCUGCGCAACCAACGUCGAGUACCUCGGAUGCGUGCAGGAGAUCAAGCGCGAUCUCGUUACCGCAACGGCCGCUAUCGCCGCCCUUUCGACCUUCUGCAUGGGUCUCUUUGCGAACUUGCCUAUCGCGCUGGCUCCUGGAAUGGGUUUGAACGCCUAUUUUGCCUACACCGUUGUCGGCUAUCACGGCUCCGGCUUCAUCCCAUACAAGGUGGCUUUGACUGCGGUUUUCGUCGAGGGUUGGGUCUUUUUCGGCCUGACGCUAAUUGGUAUGCGGCAAUGGCUUGCGCGCGCACUUCCGGCUUCCAUUAAGCUUGCGACUGGUGUGGGCAUCGGGUUGUAUCUCUGCCUCAUUGGGCUGACUUACAGUGCUGGAAUUGGAGUGGUUCAGGGUGCACAGAAUACUCCCAUGGAACUGGCAGGAUGCGAUCCGAAGUAUUUCGACGAGUUAACAGGUUUGUGUCCCGACAGUCAGAAGAUGCGCAGUCCUACUAUGUGGGUUGGUAUCUUCUGCGGGGGUUUCCUGACCGUCUUCUUGAUGAUGUACCGCGUCAAAGGUGCGAUCAUCAUUGGUAUCCUGCUUGUCUCCAUCAUCUCGUGGCCGCGGGAUACUCCGGUGACAUACUUUCCGUACACGGAGCUUGGCAACAGCAUGUUCGACUUCUUCAAGAAGGUUGUUACUUUCCAUCCUAUUAAACACACCCUGGCCGUGCAGGAAUGGGAUAUUUCCGGCCACGGAGGACAGUUUGGACUGGCAUUCAUCACAUUCUUGUACGUCGAUAUUUUGGACACCACUGGUACUUUGUACUCCAUGGCCCGAUUUGCCGGCGCGGUCGAUGAGCGUACUCAAGAUUUUGAAGGCAGCGCUAUCGCCUAUAUGGUCGACGCCAUAUCCAUCUCGAUCGGUUCCUUGUUUGGCAGUCCACCUGUAACAGCCUUCAUCGAGUCGGGUGCUGGAAUCUCGGAAGGUGGCAAGACAGGCUUGACUUCAUGCGUGACCGGCUUCGCGUUCUUCAUCGCCGUGUUUUUCGCGCCGAUCUUUGCUUCCAUCCCUCCCUGGGCAACUGGCUGUACUCUUGUGUUCGUCGGUGCCCUAAUGAUCAAGGCGGCAGCUGAGAUCAACUGGAAGUAUUUUGGCGAUGCGAUUCCGGCGUUCCUGACCAUUGCUAUCAUGCCGUUCACUUACAGCAUUGCCUAUGGUCUUAUCGCUGGUAUCCUGAGCUACAUCCUCCUCAACUCCGUUGUGUGGAUCUUGGAGAAGGUUAGCGGUGGUCGCAUUGUUCCGCCAAACAGGGACGAGUCUGAUCCUUGGACGUGGAAGGUUCCUGGUGGCUUUUUCCCUCCUUGGGUGAAACGUGCUGCUAGCGGGAACAAGCAGUUCUGGCGCCGGGACGAGGAGGAGGCGGUAGCUGAAGAGGUGGGGUCAUUUGGCUCAUCCCAUGAGGGGGUGGCCCUUGAGAAGGGCCCAAGUAACGCCGGUGAGCCUACAGAAAAGGCGCUGUAA